UUCUUCCUCCUCUAAUGCGAUUUGCGUUAGUACAACGUGAGUGACAGCCAGUAGAUACAACGAGACUGGAGUAAUAAUAAACGACAAUACAAAUAAUAACAUAGUAGCUCUCUCAUAACCCUCUUACUAUGAUGACAGGGCUGGCCGUAUGUGAUUGUAAUCUUCCGGGUUGCUAAUCAAAAUAAUAAUAAUAAUACCGCGUCCAGCUCUCUUGUAACCCUCUCACUAUAUGGAUGACUGGGUUGGCCGUAUAUGUGAUCUUCCUGGAUGUGGCCUAAUCCGGAAGUGCUACUGUGUAUCUCAGAUAUUUGACUAGUGGACGCUGGAAAAUUGUGUUGUUUUACAGAGCAAGAUCGUACGGGAAUAGCUUUAUCUAGAUGCCGGGAGGGAGGAUCUAAUUAAAUCUUCAAAUAGAAAACCUCACAACUUUCAUAAUGAAUGAACUCUCGGCGUCUUUAACACACUUUCGGCAAGGACAGAUGACGGAGGAUUUCAUUGAGGGUAACGCGAAUGACAGUAAUGACAGAAGAAGCAAUGAACGCUCGGAAUCUCAGAGCAAUGGGCAGACACAGAGCAGCUCCCAGCAAGUGCUGGAACAGGAUGAUGAAGAGGAUGAAGAAUUGACGUUAAAGUAUGGAGCCAAACAUGUAAUCAUGCUGUUUGUGCCCGUCACACUCUGCAUGGUCGUUGUCGUCGCAACUAUCAAGUCCGUGAGCUUUUACACUCGGAACGAUGGACAGCUAAUUUACACUCCUUUCACCGAAGAUACAGAAACCGUUGGACAAAGAGCUUUAAACUCCAUCCUUAACACAGCCAUUAUGAUAAGUGUAAUCAUUGUCAUGACUAUACUGUUGGUUGUGCUGUACAAGUACAGGUGUUAUAAGGUUAUACAUGGCUGGUUGAUCAUUUCUUCUCUUCUGUUGCUGUUUUUCUUCUCUUUCAUCUAUCUGGGAGAGGUGUUCAAAACCUAUAAUGUUGCCAUGGAUUACUUCACACUGGCCUUGAUGAUCUGGAAUUUUGGUGUUGUGGGCAUGAUCUGUAUUCACUGGAAGGGACCUCUACUCUUGCAACAGGCCUAUCUCAUUAUGAUCAGUGCUCUAAUGGCCUUGGUGUUUAUCAAGUAUCUUCCUGAGUGGACGGCUUGGCUCAUUCUGGCAGUGAUAUCUGUUUAUGAUCUCAUUGCGGUACUGUGUCCAAAGGGACCCCUGCGAAUGCUCGUGGAGACUGCUCAGGAGAGAAAUGAAACUCUGUUCCCAGCCUUAAUUUAUUCAUCUACGAUGAUAUGGUUAGUGAAUAUGGCAGAUGGAAAUUCGGAGAGCAAACAAAGUGUUAACAAGAAACAACAAACCUAUAAUACGCAAGCACCCACUGUCCAGAUACAAAGUGAUGGUGCCAACCACAAUGAUGAUGGUGGAUUUGACACAAAUUGGGAGGAACAUCGGGAUGCCAGAAUCGGGCCAGUGUCAUCUAACCCAGAAUCAAGAGCAGCUAUCCAAGCUCUGCCUAGCAAUUCACCUCCAGCUGAAGAUCCCGAAGAACGUGGAGUCAAGCUUGGUUUGGGAGACUUCAUUUUCUAUAGCGUGCUUGUUGGCAAGGCCUCCGCCACAGCUAGUGGAGACUGGAAUACUACAUUGGCCUGUUUUGUUGCCAUACUAAUUGGUCUGUGCCUUACUCUGCUUCUCCUUGCCAUCUUCAAAAAAGCAUUACCAGCCCUCCCCAUCUCAAUAACUUUUGGACUUGUAUUCUACUUUGCCACAGAUAACCUGGUACAACCAUUUAUGGACCAACUAGCUUUCCAUCAAUUUUAUAUUUGAAUUUAUGGACAAAUAAUUUCUUAGGAUGUCUUGUUGAAGAAAAGCAUUAGCUUUUCCUAUUUUGGAAAACAAGAUAAAAAAAAUAUCUUACUUAUUACAGCUGAGGUUAUCAACAGCUCUGAUUGCAAAUCUGUUCUGCACUGAAGAGGUAAAUGCAUAAGAUGUUAAUCCUGUGGAUCAGGCUAAAAUAAUUUGUCACUGUUUGGUAAGGACAACAUUGCUAUAUGUGCAAAUCCACAUUUAAAGGAAAUUCUGAGUGGUAAAGGAAACCGUGUACACUACUAAUUCAUACACUAUGCAGCCGCAAACUGGUUAAAAGGGAGACAAAAAGACUUUUGGUAAUAAUGUGCAUAGAUGCAUGCACAUAAACGCAAAAGAAUGUCUAAUAAGUAUACAUAAUUGAACUCACUCAUGUUCAGCACAGUGCUGUAAUACAUAGCAAUACCAUUCAAAAUUGCGGUCUUCCAAUAAUAAAACCAACAUUGGGAUCCGCUGAUUAUUCAAGUUUCA